GAAAAGCUCUUGAAUCCGUUUUCAAUAUCAUAUUACUAUUAUGAAUUAUCUUCCACAGUUUAUGAUUCACCAUGUAUUGGUUCUGUUCCUUAUUUUCAGACUUUGCACUUGCCUAGACACAAUAUCUAUAAAAUCCCAUCCGAUCAGAGAGGGUGAUGUUUUAGUCUCCAGCAGAGAUACUUUCGCACUUGGAUUCUUCAGCAGAUCAAAUAAUCACCGCUAUGUUGGAAUUUGGUAUCACAAAAUUCCAGGGCAAACAGUUGUCUGGGUUGCUAACGGAGAUAAUCCCAUAAAUGAUUCCUUUUCUCACCAUUGAUACUACAAAUGGAAACCUUGUACUCUACAAAACAAACAGGACAAAUAUUAAUCAAACUGUCCAGGUUGUCUGGUCCACAAACGCUUCUUCAGCAUGUUCACCAGCAAUUGACUGUGUAGCUCAGCUAUUGGACACGGGCAACCUUGUUUUGCUCCAUAACAUUAGUAAACAUGUUAUGUGGCAGAGUUUUGACCACCCAACAAACACAAUCCUUCCAAGCAUGAAAGUUGGGAUAGAUCGAAGAACUGGACUGAAUAGGCUCAUUACAUCUUGGAAGUCAGAAGAUGAUCCAGGAACAGGAAAUUACUCUUUUAGGAUGAACCCAAGUGGGUUCCCUCAGCUGAUCGUGUACAAAGGUCAGAUUCCAUGGUGGAGUGUUGGUCACUGGAAUGGCAUUGCAUGGAAUGGUGUACCAGCCUUAGCGGUUAAAUUCCGCUUCCAUGUGGGUUUUGUGGAUGACAAAAAUGAGACAGGUGGUGUGUGGGAUGUCUUCGAUUCGUCAAUCUUGUCCCAAUUUGUUGUAAAUGAGUGUGGAAGAAUUCAACUCUUUCUAUGGUACGAGGGAGCUGAGCAAGGAUGGAAUGAAAUGUGGUCAGCACCAACGGAUCGCUGCGACCAAUAUGGACAUUGCAGUUCAUUUGGUCUUUGUGAUAGUAGCAAUCCCUCACAGUUUAAGUGCGCCUGCUUGCGGGGAUACGAACCCAGGUCUCCUACCGAAUGGUCCAUGAGAGAUGCAAACCAUGGCUGUGUAAGGAAAACAGGGUCAUUGAUUUGCAGGGAAGGUGAAGGAUUUGUUAAAGUGGCAAAUGUAAAAGUUCCCGAUACGCCUAGAGUUGAAGUGAUUAGCAGCGGUUUUAGCUUGAAAGCAUGUGAGAAGGAGUGCUUGAGGAACUGCAAUUGCACAGCCUAUGCCAGCGCUAAUAUUAGUAAAGAAGGGAGUGGAUGUAUACUAUGGCAUGGGAAUUUGAUUGAUACCAGAAAGUUCACAGUCGAUGCUGGUCAAGAUUUGUACAUUGCGUUGAUGAGCAUGAAUUAGGUGCUUUCUUCUAAGCAUAGAAAAUUUUCUUUCCAUAUAUUUAAUUGAAUUGUUAUUCUUAACUAAUUAGUAGUUUUUUUUUUUUUUUUACCAGCCAAGUAUACCAAGAAAUCUAAAGGUUUGCUUGCCGCUAAGUUGACUCAUAUUAUACUGGUAAUCUCUGCUGUAGCAAUUUUGUUCGGCAUCAUCUUCUUAGCAUAUUGGCUUUUAAAGAGGAAAAGAAAAGGACAACAUAAUUUAUUCCUCAAUGCUAACAUUACUUCCGGAGAAUCGUCCAAGGAGAGGAAUCUUGGGAAGAGUAAAAUCAUCUUACUGCCACGGACAAUUUCUCUGCUACAAAUAAGCUUGGACAAGGUGGAUUUGGAUCAGUCUAUAAGGUAAUUACUUAAACUAGAUAGAAUAUUGAGAGGCAUUAUAAUAAUCAUCUUACUUUUCAUUUCACAUGGCUUCCCAUUUAGUGCUCUUUGAUUAAUAUUUAGUACGAAAUUUACAAGUCUAACGACAAAGUCUCCGUGAUUAGAGCUGAAACACUUUCAUUAAAUUAUGAUACCAGAGUAAGAGAGUUUGGGAGGGAGAGGGGAUUUUAUGGCAUAUAUCUGGUGUAUGACUUCAGGGUCAACUAGUUAAUGGACAGGAGAUAGCUGUGAAAAGGUUAUCAAAACAUUCGGGACAAGGAAUGGAAGAGUUUAAGAACGAAGUCAUGUUGAUUGCAAAACUACAGCACAGAAAUCUAGUGAGGCUUUUGGGUUGUUGCAU